CGCGCACGCUUUCGUUCUCUUCCCGACCAUACUUACUUCAAGUCUUUGGCCAGAUCAGCAACAGGAGCGCUUCACAUUCCCCGUCUACUCAGGUCCCUGCCCGCCAUGAAGAUCGCCCCCGUUCUCGCGUCGGCGCUCGCUAUCGCGUGCGUAGCCACAUCGGGCCUUACCGUCGUCGCUUCUCAGCAAGUCUCGGCGCUGAAUGAGGAAGCUGGUUUCGCGCCCGUCGUGGGCGAAGAAGUCAAGCUGACUCCAGCGCUGAGGAGACAUCUACAGACCAGCGGUAGCGGCACUACCGAGGCCCCAGCGACCACAGCCCCCGCCCCUACCACCGCCACGCCGACAACGACAGCGCCAACUCCAACAACUGCGACGCCAACGACUAGAGCUCCAACUCCAACGACAGCGGCGCCAACACCUACCACGGAUUCCCCCACGCCUACGACGGAAACACCCUCGACAACCACUGAGACUACCGAGACGCCGGACGCUACAAGCGCCACACCGACGUCUAGCACCGCUACGCCCGAAGCGACGACUGCCACGCCCACGACGACGACGGACACGACGGAGACACCGUCCACGACUACGGCGGCUCCUAUGGCUACGUCAGCGGCGUCAUCUACUUCUUCUACGGCGUCGGACACGACGGCAACGCCGUCAGCUACCGAUACUGCGACGGCAUCGAGCUCGGGCUCGAGCGCCAGUGCCGAUACGGACACUUCGUCAGACUCGAGUAUGAGCACAGGCGCCGUGAUCGGGAUUGUGGUGGGCAUUGUCGCUGCUGUGGCCAUUAUCGCCACCAUCAUCAUGUGUGUUAUUCGCAGAAGACGCGAGGCAGAUGACGACCCACUCUCUCCUUUCGAGCUUUCCAUGGACAAGGGCUACAACCCCACACCAGGUGGCUUUACCGCCCAGAACUCGUACAACCCGCGAGCAAUGGGUACAACUGGCGUCUCGGCCAGUGGCUCGAAUACUCGGACGCCCCCGGCGGAUACCGUGGCAGCAGGUGCCGCCUACUCUCAGUUCUACGACAACGCGGCGACGUCACCGGACUCGAUGAACCGACUGGAGGCCAACGUGGACUCGGUACAGACUGACCCUGGUAACCCCAACGCUACGAACGGCACGAAUCUGUGGCUGAGCGCCAUGGAACCCAAGGACAACGACUCGUAUCUGAGCGCGCAGGAGUCUCCCCGCUCGUCACGCAACAGCAGCCACAACAGCUACGAGCUCUCGUCGAACCACAACGUCGACGCAGACCAGAGCAGCCAGCUCAGCGGCCACAGCAACAACAAGAAUGACGACUUCCCGGACCACCACGAUGACAACGACUCGGCACGUGGCUCGUACGAGCUCUAG